CACACUCCAUUUCCACCAGUCUGUCACAAGUGCAUACAGCUGAUCACCCACCGUGACUUUGUUUUUGCUUUGUGAAAUAUUAGUUGAAACUUUGUCAAUUUCCACCAGUAGGUACUCAUACUUCUACAUACAACCCGAGCAUAUCAAAUCGCAGAAAAAAAAACAUAAGAUUAGCACGCUAUUAAAUCAUCGCUAUCAGUAUUAUUACUAGUCAGGCAUAGGUGCAAUUGAAGUUCAAGUUAGAGGACUCUGAGCUAGGCGAUUACACGGACCGAGCAAAUGCCUUUCUCCGAUGUAGGCUUUGGGGCAGGCAUGAUGCAAAAGAACAUGGCUGUGUAAGGAAAUCAAGUGUAGUUGUUGUACUCGAUUGCAUACUGUUGUUUGCUAGUCCACAGUCUGUCUCAGGUCGCUGCUUAUUAUAGUUCUGAGGUUUUCGUUGGCGACAGCCGUAUUUCGAGCCCUUCAAAAUGUGAUGUGACUCGCAUCAGGAUAUCUACAUCGAAAUCGACAAUGGACGUGCAGUACGACGAAGACCUCUCGAAAAACCCAUUCUACCGUAAGCUGCAAACCGAUCAUCAAAUUUUCUUGGAGACGGCACCCAUCGAAGGAUGGAUUAUAUGUGUGCCCCGGAGUGGAACCAUCAACGAUCGAUGUCUAGUGGAUCAAGACUUUUUGUUAGCUCAGAUACUGGUACCGAACGAAGAGCUUCCCGAAACACAUUUCACCAAUCUUAGUUGUGCAGAUGUACGGCUUAACGCGCGUCAACUCAUUACCGGAGGGCUGAAAAUAACUAUUCUUUUCGAAGAAGUGUUCUACACAAAUGGCCUUAAAUUCAAAGUGUGGUGUGUCGAACGACCACUGUGUGAUACGCGUCCUUAUGGGAUUGUCAUCGAGGAUGACUUCGGAAGGUUAACAGCCAUCACGAAACUCCAAGAUGCCGUGGAGUUCAUACGAUCAGUAGCGAAGCCACGCUACGUAUUCUCCAAGAUUGAUGCUGCUGUACAAAGUUUCACCAAAUGUAGAUCCGAUUCCAACAAAUGGAAUCUCAAACAGUACAAAGAAGAUGUUAAGAAGCUUUAUAUACAUUGUCUGGAGAUAAUGCUACAAAACCGAAAACUAAAAGACAGAUGCCAGAAGGAUACUCAUCUGAAGCGCAAUGUCAAGCUCGCUGUAGAGACCUACAUGAUGGACAAGCUGUACGACCACGUCAAAGAUGUGAUCAACGUGUGCCAACAAGAUCAGGUCGAAUCGUUCAACAAAACCAUUCGAAAUCUCUCGGAUAUUCACAUCACCGAAAUGAAUCUGAAGCGCAGCUACGCUGACGUAAUCCCUGGGGUCAAGAAGGAACUGCUGCGGAUUGACGAUUGUCGCACAGCCAUUGAUAAGAGCGCUUGUUUGAAGAAAGCUUUCGAGAUGAUUGCCCGCGAACAGGCAGCCGGAGCUAGGACAAAAAACGGAGCCGGAGACCCGAAGCUGAUGGCAACGAUGGACGAUGUGAUUCCCUUGUUGAUAUUUGUUAUCACCAAAACGGGUCUCACCAACUGGAUAAUGAAUGUAACGUUUCUUAAGGAAUUUCAACUGAGUGAAACGACAGUACAAUCUGUGGUAGCAUCGAAAGAAAAAUACGGCCAGGACACGUACCUCCUAACAACCUUAGAGGCAGUCAUUGUCUACAUCAGUUGCUGCAGUAUUGAGCGCUCUCAACGCCUAGGAAUAGAUCUGAUGUCAGAUGAAGAUAUACAAAUGAAACAAUAUUCCGAGAUGAGUUUCAAAAAUGCAGAUCAGUUUCUGAAUUAUCUAUUUACCUUGAUGAGGAAUGGCGAAGAAGAAGAGAUAUUAAAUAUUUUCCAAGACUUCAACAGGGCCAGUGGAUCUGUUGUAGAUCCAAACAUCAAAAAGUGUCACCCUCUUUGUAGUUGCGUUAGAUGCGAGUCGAUGCCCUAUCAACCACACAUAGACGAUCGCAACCAGAAUGGCUUGGCCGCAAUUCAUCUGGCAGCAACCCUAGGCAGUCCAAAGUUGCUCACCAUCAUUCUGAACCUGAAACCGAAUGUCGAUGCGGUGGAUGCGAAGAACUGGACUGCGUUGCAUUAUGCGGCAGCCAAUGGUCAUCAAAACUUGCUCCUGCUCCUGCUCCAUGCAGGAAUCAACAUCAAUAGUACAAGCAAUGACCAACACACAUCGCUCCAUUUAGCUUGUUUGAAUGGCCACAGCGGAUGUGUGAAAGCAUUGCUCUACUUUUCAGAACAUAUGAAAAUACACGUCGAUAUCGACGCUCAAACGCAACUUGGGCAAACAGCUCUUCACUACGCCUCGAAAUGGGGAUUUGCAGAUAUUGUAGAAACGCUACUUGAGCACUCUGCUACUGUCAACGUAGUGAACCGUGUCGGUGCGACCCCAUUCAAAUACGCCCACAAUUGCAAGAUCAUGAAAAUGUUGAAGGAUGCUCAUGCAGAUGAGCAAAAGCGACGAAAAUCUUCCAACAGCAGUCCUGUUAGAAAUGAGGAUUUUGUGCUCAUUUCCGACGAAGAUUUGCUGGACGAUGAAGUCUUCCUGGAAUAUCGAAACAUUGAGGAAAUGAAAAGAAUCGACAAGGCAGUAACAGCGAUCGCAGCCUACGAUACUAAGCUGGCCUGUUAUUACCUAGGCUUAGAGGUCUUCCCACCGACUCCCGUGAUCAACACAGCCUCCAAAAAAGACUACAUAUCCGAGAAAGUUUGCCAUCCCCUUUGCACUUGUCAGAGGUGUCUCAACGAUUCAGCAGACUUCUACACUCUACUAAGGAAACCAUUUACCAAACAAUCUACGACCCCCAGUAAGAUCAACCUCAACGCCACCAAUGGAGACGGGUGCACAGCCCUGCACAUAGCGGCGAUCAGCGGCAAUUUGGAUAUGAUCAACAUUCUGCUAGAUCAUCGAGUCAGCGUAACCGCCCGAAACAAAUCCGGUUGCACCGCACUUCAUCUAGCUUGUCGCGAGCGUCGGCUGAACGUGAUCAAGCUGCUGUUGAGUCGCUGUCGAAGCGAUGACAUCAUCGAUCUGAAAGAUUGCCGCGGGGAUACGCCUCUCCACUACGCAGUUGAACAAAAUCAGUUGCGCAUCGUGGAGAUUCUGCUCAGUGCCAAAGCGGACAAGAGUCUACGGAACCUGGCCGGCCGGCGACCGCUCGAUAUAGCUCGAGAAAGGCUCUUUUUCAAUGUGAUCAAUGUGUUGGAGAGGAAGUGGUAUUAGGCUGGCGAUUUAGAAGUUGUUGCCUCCAAAGUUUAUAUCAGAUGUAGUGUACUUAAGCUUGUAUGUUAUAAAAAAUAUUCUUAGUUAGAAGCGAAACAAACAUACUUGAAAUUGUUUCAUGUUACAUAUCCUGCGAUCUUCAUCAUUAUAAAACUAUCAGUACAAAA